AAAUAGAGUCCAAUCGAAUGUAACCAACUACUUUCUCUCUCCUCUGGUUUUGGGGUUAGGUCUUUCUACUCAAAACAAAACUUCAAUUUCUGUUUCAGUUGGCGAAGAUCGAUAUUUAUCGGUACUAGUAAUAGAGGUAAUUCGUAGAUAAAAAAGCAAUGUUUUUGGUCGAUUGGUUUUAUGGGAUUCUAGCGUCGCUUGGGCUGUGGCAGAAGGAGGCCAAGAUCUUAUUCCUAGGUCUCGAUAACGCUGGCAAAACCACCCUGCUCCACAUGCUCAAAGACGAGAGAUUAGUCCAGCAUCAGCCCACCCAGUAUCCUACGUCAGAAGAGUUGAGUAUUGGAAAGAUCAAGUUCAAAGCUUUUGAUCUAGGGGGUCAUCAGAUUGCUCGAAGAGUGUGGAAAGAUUACUAUGCUCAGGUAGAUGCAGUGGUGUACUUGGUUGAUGCGUAUGACAAGGAAAGAUUUGCUGAGUCAAAAAAAGAGCUGGAUGCUCUACUCUCUGAUGAAUCUUUAGCCAAUGUCCCUUUCCUUGUCCUUGGGAACAAAAUUGAUAUUCCAUAUGCUGCCUCAGAAGAAGAGCUGCGUUACCAUUUGGGCCUGACUAACUUCACCACAGGCAAAGGUAAGGUAAAUUUGGCCGACUCAAAUGUCCGUGCCAUGGAGGUGUUCAUGUGCAGUAUUGUGAAGAAAAUGGGUUAUGGGGAAGGUUUCAAAUGGCUUUCUCAGUACAUCAAAUAGUCCAUGACCAAGAGAUAGUCUGGUAUCUCAUUUCUAGAAGUUUGUUUCUGUAGUUAUGAUUUGGAGGUGUUGAUGGUACGAAAUUGCAGUAUAUUUCAAUUUUAUUUAAAUAUAAAAUGACUGAACCUAUUUCUCA